CCCGGCCAGGCGGCUGCGCGGUUGGGUCAGAGAGGCCCUCGCAGACCCGCCUUUCAUCUUGUUCGCUCCGCCUCCAGGCUGCCCUCAGAGCCGCCUGAUUGCAGCUCGGGCCUCGUCGCGUGGGCCCAGGCGGAGCUCCAGGAGCAGAGGCGUGCGAAAGUUGCAAGGCGCGGGUACCGCUAGUCCCGGCCAUGUCUGGCUCUCACGCUCCAGAGGGAGACUGUUGCUCACGGCAGUGCCGCGCGCAGGACAAGGAACAUCCAAGAUACCUGAUCCCAGAGCUUUGCAAGCAGUUCUACCAUUUGGGCUGGGUCACUGGGACCGGAGGAGGAAUUAGCUUGAAGCAUGGCAAUGAAAUCUACAUUGCUCCUUCAGGAGUGCAAAAGGAACGGAUUCAGCCUGAAGACAUGUUUGUUUGUGACAUCAAUGAAAAGGACAUAAGUGGACCUCCGCCAUCUAAGAAUCUUAAAAAAAGCCAGUGUACUCCUCUUUUCAUGAAUGCUUACACAAUGAGAGGAGCAGGUGCUGUGAUCCAUACCCACUCUAAAGCUGCUGUCAUGGCCACCCUUGUCUUCCCAGGAAAGGAGUUUAAAAUUACACAUCAAGAGAUGAUCAAAGGAAUAAAGAAAUGUACCUCGGGAGGGUAUUACAGAUAUGAUGAUGUGUUAGUAGUACCUAUUAUUGAGAAUACACCUGAGGAGAAAGACCUCAAAGAGCGCAUGGCUGAGGCAAUGAAUGAUUACCCAGACUCCUGCGCAGUGCUAGUCAGACGGCAUGGAGUCUACGUCUGGGGAGAGACGUGGGAGAAGGCUAAAACCAUGUGUGAGUGUUACGACUAUUUGUUUGAUGUUGCCGUAUCAAUGAAGCAAGUAGGACUGGACCCUACACAGCUUCCCGCUGGAGAAAAUGAACUUGUAUAAGUCAAGUGGAAGUUUACUAUAUAAAGAGAUAAAGUUUAUCUUAAUUAUUACAUAAAUGACAUGACUUUUUAAAUGAAUUGAAAAUGUCUAUGAAACUAUUGAUUUGUCACUAAACACUGCAGAUUUUCUGACACUGGGUGAUAUUUCCUUACAUUCUUAUAAUUUUAAAUGACAAUGCAAUGGAAUAAAAUUUUUAUAAUGAA